UCUUCGCCGGUGCACGGCCUUUAAUUGCCUGCCAUUUCCUCCUAGUCCGAUCAGCUCGAUCCAUCACUUGUGCUCUAGCUAGCUAUCUUACUGUGCGCUGUUCUUGCAAUAGCAUUAGCAGGGGAGUGCAACGAUGGAGGAGCUCCGCAAGUCUAUGCUUGUGGCUUUGAUCCUCGCGGUCACCUGCUCCGUUGCGGUUGCCUAUGAUCCCCUCGACCCGACAGGCAACAUUACAAUCAAGUGGGAUAUCCAGUCAUGGACACCUGACGGGUACGUCGCCAUGGUGGCGAUGAACAACUACCAGCAGUACCGCCAGAUCAUGGCGCCUGGGUGGACGCUGGGGUGGUCGUGGGCCAAGAAGGAGGUGAUCUGGUCCAUCGUGGGAGCGCAGGCGACCGAGCAGGGCGACUGCUCCAAGUUCAAGGGCGGCAUCCCGCACUGCUGCAAGCACACGCCCUCCGUCGUCGACCUCCUCCCCGGCGUCCCCUACAACCAGCAGAUCGCCAACUGCUGCCGUGGCGGCGUCAUCUCCGCCUACGGCCAGGACCCCGCCGGCUCGCUCUCGGCGUUCCAGGUCUCCGUGGGGCUCGCCGGGACCACCAACAAGACCGUGAAGCUGCCCAAGAACUUCACGCUCAUGGGCCCCGGGCUCGGCUACACCUGCGGCCCCGCCACCAUCGUCCCCUCCACCGUCUACUGGAGCGCCGACCACCGGCGCAAGACGCAGGCGCUGAUGACAUGGACGGUGACCUGCACCUACUCGCAGCAGCUGGCGUCGAGGUACCCGACCUGCUGCGUCUCCUUCUCCUCCUUCUACAACAGCACCAUCGUGCCGUGCGCCAAGUGCGCGUGCGGCUGCGGCGCCCACAAGAGCAUGGGCGGCCGCGGCGGCAAGAGCCACAGCGACGGGUGCAUCAUGGGCGACUCCAAGCGGGCGCUGACCCCCGGGGUGAACACGCCCAAGAAGGACGGGGCGCAGCUGCUGCAGUGCACCAACCACAUGUGCCCCAUCCGGGUGCACUGGCACGUCAAGCUCAACUACAAGGACUACUGGCGCGCCAAGAUCGCCGUCACCAACUUCAACUACCGCAUGAACUACACGCAGUGGACGCUCGUCGCCCAGCACCCCAACCUCAACAACGUCACAGAGGUCUUCAGCUUCCAGUACAAACCCCUCCUCCCCUACGGGAACAUCAACGACACCGGCAUGUUCUACGGCCUCAAGCUCUACAACGACCUGCUCAUGGAGGCCGGCCCCUUCGGCAACGUGCAGUCGGAGGUGCUCAUGCGCAAGGACGAUAGGACCUUCACCUUCAGCCAGGGAUGGGCCUUCCCACGCAAGAUCUACUUCAACGGCGACGAGUGCAAGAUGCCGCCGCCCGACUCCUACCCCUACCUGCCCAACUCCGCGCCGCUUGUUACGCCGCGUUCCGUCAUCACCGCUGCCUCGGCGUGCUUGCUCGUGCUGCUCCUGCAGGUGGCAUGAUCCAUCUAUCCAGGGUCUUUUACUCACAUGCAUCUUGGUAAAUUUUCCCCAUUUUUUUGGAAAAAAAAACAGGUUAGAGUAUUAGGCAGGGGCAUUUUGGUUGUCGAUGUUUAUUAAAACUAGCUGAGUGGUCCGUGCAGGUGCGCUCCCGCAACAUAUUUUGUUUAGGAGUGUGUGUGGUUGUCAAGUUAAGAUUAAAUAAUCUCAUACUAAAACUGUAAUCCUUUUUUUGUAUUUUAUGGAAUGAGUCAAACGCAUGGCAUUGUUACUUAGAUCUUCAUCUCUUUUAAA